AUGGUAUCCUUUGAUGUUGUAUCACUCUUCACCUCCAUCCCACAGCAACUUGCAAUUGAUGUUGUGAGACCACUUUUAACUGAACACUACGACGAGAGAGACAAGCCCUUGAGGUCUGAACAUCUGCUCAAACUUCUGCGGUACUGCCUUAAAACCUUCUUCAUAUUUGGAGGACAAAUGUAUGAACAAAUUAAAGGCAUACCAAUGGGCUUCCCCCUAUCAGGCCUGAUUGCUGAGGUGGUCCUUCAACGGAUUGAACACUUGGUCUUCACCAAGUGUGACCAAAGCGUGACGGCAAAUACUGGUCUGUUCUGUCCCCACGUGAAUAUAGUCGAAAUCGAUGGUGGAACUUCAAGGAUUCCCAGAGUCGGCCUCACUCUUAACCUUUUCCGAGUUUAUGCACCGGUU